AUGGUCAUGAACACGUCAAUGGUCAAGUCCAAGUUCCUCAGCAACCCCGAGGACCUCGGCGUUGUUGCUGUUGGUUUCUCUGGCGGACAGUGUAAGAAAGGCGUCGAUGCCGCCCCCAAAGCCCUCAUUGAGUCCGGCCUGCUCACCCAGCUCCGCGACGAGCUGGGCUACAAGCUCCACGGCGACGAUGAGGUGCACCUCUACACCGACCUCGUCCCCGCAGAAGACCCUCCCUUCCGCAACAUGAAGAACCCCAAGGCCGUGUCCUCCGUCACGGAGCGCAUCGCCGAUCAGGUCUACCAGCAGUCGCGCCUCGGCCGCCUGACCCUGACCCUCGGCGGCGACCACAGCAUUGCCAUUGGCACGAUUGCCGGUUCCGCAAAGGCCACCCGCGAGAGACUCGGCCGCGAGAUUGCCGUCAUCUGGGUCGAUGCGCACGCCGACAUCAACACCCCCGAGACGAGCGACAGCGGCAACGUCCACGGCAUGCCGGUGGCUUUCGUCACGGGGCUAGCCAAGGAGUCCAAACCCGAGUACUUUGGCUGGCUCAAGGAUGAGCACAUGCUGAGCAUCAAGAAGCUGGUCUACAUUGGUCUGCGCGACGUGGAUGCCGGCGAGAAGAGGAUUCUGCGGGAGAAUGGCAUCAAGGCUUUUAGCAUGUUUGACAUUGACAGAUAUGGCAUCGGUCGCGUCAUGGAGAUGGCGUUGGCGCACAUUGGCAACGAUACCCCGAUCCACUUGUCAUUUGACGUUGACGCAUUGGACCCCAUGUGGGCGCCGUCGACAGGGACACCGGUCCGCGGCGGCCUCACGUUGAGGGAAGGCGACUACAUCUGCGAGUGUGUGCACGAGACUGGCAGCCUUGUCGCGCUGGACCUCGUUGAGGUGAACCCGUCGCUUGCGGCCGAGCAGGAGGGCGCGGCGUCCGAGACGGUAAGAGCUGGCUGCUCGCUUGUGCGCCGUGCAAAUACUGGCACAAUGGUGGCAUCGACAUUGACGGGCAGCUCCCUCUACGAGAGGCGCGUUGUCGAGCGUGUCCACCGCUAUCAAUGGCCCGGCGUCCAGCUCAACCUCUGGAUACUUGUCAUGCUCGUGGCCGCCUGCCUCGUCAUCGGUGUUUUUGCGUCCUUUAUCGAGACGCAGCAGCAGCUGCUCCUGCCAAUUCCCUGGUACUUUCCCUACUACAUCACCGUUGCAUCCCUCGUCAUCCUCUUCAUCGGCCUCCUCCUCUGGCUAGUCUUCCAGCGUCGUCUCCUCCCGGCCAUUGUCAUGAUCGGCGCCUUCAUUCUCUUCAUACUAUGGUUCGUCGGCCUUGUAGUCGUGAGUAUCCAGCUCUGGGGCCCCGACGGGUCCGUCUCGAGCACGUGCAACCUCGCCGUGUUUAACCGGAGCCCGACGGGGCAGAGUUUGGAUACCCUCGCAUGGCUGGAACAGAAGAGCAUAUGCCAGGCAUGGCAGGCGGUGUUUUCGUUUGCGCUUGUCGGUGCCAUCUUCCUGCUUUGGAUCAUGGUCAUGGCCUACCAAGUGUUUGCCAACUCGUGA